UCUUCUCUCGCUCUAUCUUCCGUCGCUGUCGGCUGUGAUUUCUUCGCCUGCUUUCGCUGGAUCUCGUGGAGCCACGGACACCUCUUGCGAUGUCACCGACGUGAAGGCUGUCUAAACCUGAAAAAUCCAGUGGAAACACGAAAGCAAAGCCAAAUGCUCUUUUUUGGGGGAGGGGGAUUAGGAUAAAUUGCCACCCGCCAAUUGUUACAUAUUUAAUUUCGGGGUGUUGUUGUCAUAAACAUAGUGACACCAUGGAUCUGUCAUUCAUGGCUGCGCAGAUCCCCGUCAUGACAGGGGCCUUCAUGGACUCCUCGCCCAACGACGACUACAGCGGCGAGCACUCGCUCUUCAACUCCUCGGCCAGCGUGCACGCCGCCGCCUCGGCCGCCGCCUCCGUGCACGGCUACCCGGACGAGAACCAGUCCAUGUCGAGCGACGCCAUCUGGCUCUGGAUCGCCAUCAUCGCCACCAUCGGCAACAUCGUGGUGGUCGGGGUCGUCUACGCCUUCACCUUUUAG